GGCGAAUAGGAAACGAGAUGGUAAACAGACGAAAUUCGAGAAAACUGAGGUCGUCCUGUACGAGCCUUGAUUAACUUCCGACGUGGCGUUGUGGGCAUUUCCUGUGAUCGACCAUCAAUACCAGGUGCUGGGGCGGCGUGUGUGGUCGUCACCGUGUUCUCGAACUCUCGUGGCGUUCGCUGUGGCCGUUGUGGCGUUCAGGAUGUGUUCUUUUGUUGGUGAUGUUUCUGUAACUACUGCUCGAGUGGGCUAUCACGAUGCACUUACCAAUACGAUCGGUUCAACGCAAUAUGUAACGAUUCUUUGUCAGAAACAUUCAGCACUGCGCAGAUGUGGAGGCAAUGGCAACACGAUGGAGAUGCAAGCAGGUAGAUUCUAUAAUAUUAGAUGGCAAUUCAGUGUUUCCAAGGCUCGUCAAGCAGCUAACACUAUCCAUAAGGCGAUGGAGGUGUUGAAGACUUCUCCGCUGCAUUCGAACUUGCCAAGUAACACUGUGCUACUACUAGUACCAAUUAUAAUAAAAGAAAUGGAUUUGGUGGCUGCUCGAGAAGUUGUGUGGUCGGAAACUUGCCACAACGUUCGAGAGUUCAUUCAGGGUUGUGAACAUUUGGCAACUUAUUGCACAUGCAAGCCAGUGAAUCAUUGUUAUGCUUUGAAUGUGGCUUACUGACAAUGAAAUGUGAUGCCUUUUGCCCCUAC